GAUGCGGCGGUUCGCAGUCGCGCCAGAGCCGCGCACUGGCAGGCAGCUGCGAAGCUGCUUGUGGAUGCAUGCGCUGCCAACAUCUCCUGCGAGGUGAUCAGUUUCAACUCGACGAUCAGCUCCUGCGCGCGGGCGGCGCAGUGGCAGGUUGCACUGAAUCUGAUGUUGCAGAUGACUGGGGUCUUGCUUCUGCCGACUGUUGUCACGCAGACGGCAGCCAUUGCAGCCUGCGAAGGAGGCACUCGUUGGCGCUUUGCCAUGCAGCUGUACGCCACUUCGGGGAGCUCCAAGGAUGCUGUCUGCUGCAGCGCAGCGCUGGGGGUCUGUCGCCGAACGCGUCGGUGGCAAUGUGCUGAGGAGCUGUUUGCACUGCUGCCCUUAGUCAGGGUGCGGGCGGACCUGGCCUGCUUCAAUGCAGCUUUGGCUGCCUUGGGGACAGCCUCCUGGUCAAGAUCGCUGGCAAAGGUCGAAGAGAUAUGGGCUUCUCUGUCCUGUCUUGACGGCACUAGCUUCACCACUGGCAUCAGUGCAUGUGCCAAGCACGGGGAGUGGCAGGUAGCCCUUCAGCUACUGUCGAAAAUGAUGACCAUCAGCGUCCGGCCGAAUCGGAUCACACUCAAUGCUGCCAUCAACGCCUGCGCGCAGGGAAUCGCAUGGCCCUCAGCUCUUGCGAUUCUGUCCAUGGACACCGCAGCCCCAAACGUCGUCACUUUCAACGCCACGGCGAGCGCUUGUGCGAAAGCCGGGCAGUGGCAAUUGACCUUGCACCUCUUCGACGCGAUGCAAGCACUCCGGGUCGCGCCAGAUCAGAUCACCUCCAACACUGUGCUCAAUGGUUACCAGGUGGCCGGCCUUUGGCGUCUGGCCGUCGCCCUGCUGGCAAGCAUGGCCAUGCCGGAUGAGACCAGCUUCACCACCGUCAUCAGUGCUUGCGAAGACAGUGGUGAGUGGCAGGCAGCCAUGCAGCUAGUCUCGGCCAUGGCCGUUUCCAAGACAAAGCCGCAGCUGAUGAGUCGAUCGGCAGCGCUGAGCGCAGCGGAAAAGGCGGGAGAAUGGAGGGCAGCGCUUUUCCAGCUGGCCGACAUGGAGGAGGCGGCCACCACGCCCAACGAGGUCGUCUUGAAUGCUGCCAUCAGUGCUUGCGAGAAGGGUCGUCAGUGGCAAAGGGCCAGGCAACUGCUGGGAUCCCUACAGCGCCGUGGCCUCCGGGCGGAUGUGAUCUCGUUCAGCGCUGCCCUAAGCGCUUGCGAGAAGGGCCGGCGCUGGCUCUGGGCUGUGGAGCUUCUCUUUGCCAUGCCUGCCGCCGGCUCGCCGGCCAACGAGAUCAGUUUCAACGGAGCCAUCUCGGCGUGUCAGAAGGCAGGCUGCUGGCAGCUCUGCCCGCUGCUUCUCGCUGAGAUGGCGCUGGUCAGGUGGGAGACCACAGACAUCAGCCUGAACUCGGUGCUCAUGGCCUGCGAGCAAGGUGGUCGAUGGCCUUUGGUGCUGCAGUUGCUGGAGGAUGCAUCAGGGUUCAGGCCCCGUGCCGACUCCAUCAGCACUUCUGCUGCGAUUGGAGCCUGUGAGCGCCAGGGGCAGACGGCACGCUGGCAGGUCUGA